UUAAGUCAAAACUUUUUUGUUUUAUUACAAAGAGAGAACUUUUUCUUUCCCUGUGGUUUCCGUGAUUCUGCUGUCUUGGCAUCAGGAGCUUCUGUCUCAAUCUUUUUUUUUUUUUUUUGAGAUUUGCACUUUGCAAUCUAUGAAUUCCGUGCUUUUGUUUUUCCAACAAAAAGAAAAAGAAUUUUCAGCUCUUUCAGUUCAGGGUCGUGUUCAGAGUUCUUGAAGGGAAACUGGGUUGUUCUCAGAGAGCUUUCACGUGAUCACUCGAAGUUUGGAGAUGAUAACAAAAUCACUGAAAAGUAUAUGAGUAAUUGUAAAGUUUAGAGAGGGCUCCUCUUUCUUUCUUGGAGAUGCAAAAUGGGGAAGAGUGGAAAGAUCUCUCAAUUCAGAGAGAGGCUGGACAAGACCCUGGCAUCCCCGGAGUUGACAAAUCUUGAUGCACUUAAAACCCUUAUCAGGAAUCAACUUGCACGCUCUUCACCUGCUGAAACUGAAGGAUUCAGCGACAAUUUAAUAGAAAACAGGACUAACCAUGUGUCCUCUUUUCUUGACAUGUUGAGGAGUGCUUCUGUAAGUGAAAGUGAGGUGUCAAGAAAUAGGGAGACAUCACAUGGUGAAUGGAAAAUAAAAGAGGAUCAUGAAGAGUUCCGUGUUAUGUAUCGCCCAGGACCUCAGGGUACUCCCUUUCAUUCAUUACUUGUCGAAGGCUAUGUUGAUGGCACCGUCGAUACUUGUUUAUGCAUCUCUUGGGAGGCAACACUCUACAGAAAAUGGUGGCCUCAGUAUAGUUUCCCACCAUUUAGAAUCACCAUUUGUGAAUGCUUGCAAAGGAUCCGGAUCGGUGAACAGAUAUCUUUAGUGAGGGUGAAGGUUACAUGGCCGCUGACAGCCAGGGAGACUGUUGUGCACUAUGUGUUGUUUGAAUACCUCCAAGAUGGUCUGGUUGUUGUUGUCGCUAGCACGAUCUCAGAUUUGGAGGGCAUUGAUAAAACUACCCAUGGGUUUUCAAAAGAUGGAAUCCCUGAAGCAAAGGACGUGGUAAGGAUUGAUGUGAUGGGUGGCUUUGCCAUACAAAAAGUUACUUCAGAAAGAAGUUAUUUUCGGACUAUUGCAAAUAUGGAUUUGAAGCUGGAUUUUGCCCCUCCAUCCCUCAUUAACUUUAUCUCAAGGCAGCUCGUCGGCAAUGGUUUCAGACUUUAUCAGAAGGCAGUGGCUUCAGUGUCUAACUAUGAUGAAGAUUACAGCAAGGCUUUGAAAGAUCCAAUGUAUGCUCGAAUACGUGAGGCUCUUUAUUCUACUGAAAAUGCUGAUGUGGUUGUGGAAGGGAAAGUGUAUAACAGUGAUGCUUCCAUUCCACGGAAAGAGCAUUCUACUGAAGAUGUGGAAGGAAACUUGGGAGAUGUUGAACUGAAUAUUCAUGGGGAUAAUGAUGCAAUCAAAGAUUUUUCAGAGAAUGCAGAAGUUGUGGUAAACAAAUCCUUAAGUGAGAUUGAGGAAGAAAAUAAUGAAGAAAGUAGGGGCUUGAAGGAUGAAAACUUGGGAGGUUUGGAACUGAAUAAUGCAAGCAAAGCUUUUCCUUGUGGUGCACCACUUAUGGACAACAAAUCCUUCGGUGAGAUCAAGGAAGAUAAUGAUCCAGAAAGUAGGCACUCGGUUGUGGAAGGGAAAGUGUAUAACAGUGAUGCUUCCCUUCUACAGAAAGAGCAUUCUACUGAAGAUGUGGAAGAAAACUUGGGAGAUGUUGAACCGAAUAUUCAUGGGGAUAAUGAUGCAAUUGAAGGUUUUUCAGAGAAUGCAGAAGUUGUAGUAAACAAAUCCUUUAGUGAGAUUGAGGAAGAAAAUAAUGAAGAAAGUAGGGGCUUUAAGGAUGAAAACUUGGGAGGUUUGGAACUGAAUGCUGCAAGCAAAGCUUUUCCUUGUAGUGCACCACUUAUGGACAGCAAAUCCUUUGGUGACAUCAAGGAAGAAAAUGAUCCAGAAAGUAGGCACUUGAAGGAUAGAAUGAGGGGGGAGGAACAGAGAGUUCAUUGCAAGGACCAUGGAAGUGCAAGUUUGCAAAACAUUGCCCUGGCUACAGAUAGGAAAACUUUUAUUGGGAUUGAAGAAGAAAAAAAUGAAAAUAGCAGACAUUUAACGAGGGAUUGCAGAGUUAUAGGUCAACCUUCAAGCAAUAAAAUUGCUCUAAAGAGCCCUGAAAACUGUACAAGGAAUAUGCGUAUCAGUUCUGAUGUAGGGAGAGCCUUAGAAACUCUAGAGAAGGCCAUUUCUGUGGUCCGGGAAUAUAGUAGUUCUCUAACCAGGUCUUCCUCUAGCAAAACAAAUGAAGAAACUCCAACUCUUGACAAGGAUGUUGAAAUCGAUCCAACUCAUUUAGAAGACAGUGGAGUCUGUCUGAAAGCUGGGGUCUCUGCUGAAGUAUCUGAUAAAGGAAGACCUGUAGAGAGGAAUUCACAUGAGUCCAGGAAUAGCUCCAGCAGUCUUGACAUCAGGCAUGCAUGCUCAAGGGAAACAAACCAUAACAAGAUAACACCGGAAUCACCAGACCAAUAUAUUUCAGUUCCUAAUGAGACUAACCAUGUUCCUUUAUAUUCUUCUCAAAGUAAGAAUGAUGGAACAGCAGAGGUACAAACAAUGGACAUAACCGCGCAAGGCAACAAGCAAGUGAGCCUUGAGGCAAAUGGCAUCCAUGAAAAUUUUUUUCAUGAAGGGAAGAAGUCUACUCGGCAAAAAAGUUAUAGGUACUGCUGUUUUGGUUCCAGAUAUGAGUAGAUGAUACACUGAAAUAAAAAAUUGAGAUGACCAAAGAGGACGAAGAUUUAGUAAUCACAGAAUAUAUUGUUGUGUUCACAGCUGAUUUGUAUCACAUCUUAUACCAAUCAUUUACCAAUAUAUCUUUUAUUUUUGGCAAAGAUGUACCAAUAGAGAUUUUUAUUUCCACCUUUCUUUUCACCAAAUAUUAAUGAAUGAGUUGUUCCAAUAA